AUGAGUUCCCAGAUAGGCAACGUGGCUCGGUCCAGGCCUCAGAAGCACCAGAAUGUGUUCACCUUUAAAAAUGACAAGUUCGAUAAGAGUGUUCAGACCAAGAAAAUUAAUGCCAAACUUCAUGAUGGAGUGUGUCAGUGCUGCAAAGAAGUUCUUGAGUGGCGUGUAAAAUACAGCAAGUACAAACCAUUGUCAAAGCCUAAGAAGUGUGUUAAAUGUUUACAAAAGAUAGUCAAGGACUCUUACCACAUAAUGUGUAGACCAUGUGCCUGUGAACUUGAAGUUUGUGCGAAGUGUAGAAAGAAAGAAGACAUUGUUAUUCUGUUUAAUAGAGAACCAGAAACUUCAGCAAAUACUGAAAAUCAAGAUUCUAACCACAGAAGAAGCUACAAAGGGAAGGAGGACAGUGAUGAGGAUUUAGAUGAUGACACCCACUUGGAUGACGAGGAUGGAGACACUUAG